UGGAAGCUGGAAGUUAAUAUAGUUUCUUGUCUUGGUUGGGUUCUUUAAUUUUAUUGCUCAAGCUACUGCCCAGUUCCACGUUUGAGUUCUCUCUUAGAGAGAGAGAGAGAGAGAGAGAGAGAGGUGGAGAAUCUGUAGAUAGUAUAAACAAACAAAGAGUUACAGAGACAACCCAAUUCGGAACUAUUGAAGAAUCAAGAAUGGAUAGUUUGCUUUUCAAAUCAGGGAUUCACGCGGGACUCCCUUCACCCAUCUCUGUUGCUGGAGCAUUCGACGGCCGUACCCACCCGGGGCAUGUCUCUGGUCUGGGACGCUCUGGAGGUGGAGCUUCCACCAACUCUAAUGGACUUUCUCUGGAGAAAUCAACCGCCAGAGCUUCACCUCAAAGACCCCCUUCGUCUUCGAGGUUUCCCUUCACUUUCCCUUUCAGAUCUUUGUGGCCUCGAGGUAGGGUUGGGAAGCCCAAUGACGGUGUCGCCCUCGACGAUGCUGUUGUUAUCGUUGGGAACGGAGAAGACGGAGAAGCGAUUGGUGGUGAUGGAGCCGCGGAGGAAAACGAGCCCUUUCAGUCUGGAGAAAAGAGGGAAAGUUGGGCUCUGAAAAUUCUCCAUGUAAGGUCUCUCUGGUCGGAAGACUCGAAACAGGGUAAUUCUGGCGUAGAGGAAUUGGGGCGAGAGGAGGAGAAGGAGGAGGAGGAAGAGGAGGAAGAGGAGGAAGGGCAGGCUGAGCAGCAGGAGAUCAAAUUUGAUAGGGAUUCUUUCUCCAGGUUGCUCCGCCGAGUGUCCUUGGCAGAGAUCAAACUGUACGCUCAAAUGUCGUAUUUGGGAAACUUGGCUUAUACCAUACCCAAAAUCAAGCCAGGGAAUCUCCUGAAAUAUCAUGGCUUGCGUUUUGUUACUUCAUCAAUGGAGAAGAAAAUGCAGUCAAAAAAUGGUGAAAAGAAGGUGACCCCAGCUCAAGUUCAAGAAACAGAAAGUCCAGAAGAAUCAUCAGAUGUUGAGGGGCAGAUGAAGAAGAAUGAACACAGUACAAGUGCAUCUGUUGCCAAUCAUAUUGUUGCAUCUGCUGCUUCCUAUUUGCAUUCUCAAACAAAGAGCAUUCCUCCUUUUAAGUCCUCAAAGGCUGCAACAGAGGACUCCUCUCCUGGAGGUGAAGGGGCCAGUGAUAAUAUUGAUGCAACAAGAUCAGAGGUGGCUUCUUUUGUGGCAACUACUAACUCAGUAACAGCUGUGGUUGCUGCAAAGGAAGAAACAAAGCAAGCUGUUGCAGAGGACUUGAACUCUGCAAAUUCAAACCCUUGUGAAUGGUUCAUUUGUGAUGAUGAUCAGAACGAGACGAGAUUCUUUGUUAUUCAGGGUUCGGAGUCCAUGGCUUCUUGGCAAGCAAAUCUACUCUUUGAGCCCAUUAAGUUUGAGGGACUAGAUGUACUUGUACACAGAGGGAUUUAUGAAGUUGCCAAAGGUAUAUAUGAACAGAUGCUACCUGAAGUCCAUGCCCACUUAAAGUCUCAUGGUGACUCUGCAACUUUCCGCUUCACUGGGCAUUCCCUUGGGGGUAGCUUGUCAUUGCUCAUAAAUCUCAUGCUCUUGAUACGGGGUGAAGUCCCAUCAUCCUCCUUACUUCCUGUUAUAACAUUUGGUGCCCCAUCUAUCUUGUGUGGAGGGGAUCAGCUUCUUCACAAGUUUGGCUUACCAAGGAGCCAUGUUAAAGCAAUUACCAUGCACCGAGACAUUGUACCCCGGGCUUUCUCUUGCAGUUACCCUGAUCACAUUGCUGAACUUCUUAAGGCUGUUAAUACCAAGUUCCGUAACCAUCCGUGUCUAAAGGACCAGAAACUAUUGUAUGAGCCCAUGGGUGAGCUUCUGAUCCUACAGCCAGAAGAGAAAUUUUCUCCACACCACCACCUUCUUCCCUCUGGUAGUGGUCUAUACCUUCUAAAAGGCCCGGGUUCAGAUACAUCUGAUGCAGAGAAGCACCUCCGGGCUGCACAAACUGUGUUCUUGAACUCGCCUCACCCACUUGAGAUCCUUAGUGACCGGUCAGCUUAUGGUUCUGAUGGCACCAUUUACAGGGACCACGACAUGAACUCCUACUUGAAGUCUGUGCGGGUUGUGGUCCGUCAGGAGCUCAAUCGUAUCAGGAAGACCAAAAGGGAACACCGGCGCCAGAUGUGGUGGCCCUUCGUGGCUCCACGCAUCAUCCACGUGGGAACAAUUGUGGACAAGAAUGUGGCAUCUGAUAACACUGGUCAGCACCAGCCCAGCUUGUCUGGCAUCUUUAGGAAUGGGAGGCCGACCUUGAAGCGGUUCAGUAGGUCAGUUGCAUCACAGCACUUGCAUUUGCUUGUUGUGCUUCUGUUCCCUGCAAGGUUGUUGCUGUUGGCGACUGAUGCUUUGAUCAGUUUCCAUUGAAUAAGGAAGAGCUUGGGGACAUAUCUGUUCUUACGGAAUUGCCAUUGGUCUUGGCAGAUGAGUAGAUUGUUAAAUUGUACAGGUUGAAUCAAUUGGCUGGUGGAUAGGGAGGUCAUUCUUUAUUUAUUGGUUUUACAAAAUAUUCUUUCCCUCAAAAGAAAAGGUAGGACGGGAGCUGGAAUGUAGAGAACAAAUAUAUUGAUUUUAUGAAUGAAACCAGAGGGCCUUGAAAUUUGGCAUUGCAGUA